GAAGAGACCAUCUGGGAGCGCCUCUCUGCACUGCGGGACAUUGUGCCACCGUCGACACGGCACCGCAUCGCCAGCAGCCUGUCGACUGCCUCGACGUACGUCUACGUCGGCGGAAGGCUCGUCGGCGGCCUGGCCUGGGUCGUCACCACGUCGGCCCUCCUCGUGGGCCUGCCCUAUGCGCUUGCUGUUGAGGAUGAGGUCCGGGUCGCCAUGCAGGAGCGGGAGAUUGCAGCGCAGCAGAGCGGCGCACAGCACGUG